CUGAGGGGUCAUAGCCUAUAAAGAAGACCACGUUCUAACAAACUCUUCAAAGGUCUGUGGACACCUUCUUGGUAUUCGGUUGAUGCAGAGACAACCUAUUUACUGUCAAUCAUGAGUGACACGCUAAAGAAUGUGGUAAUAUUCGGAUCCACUGGAAUGACGGGCGCUGUGACCUUACCGAUAGCAGUUGCUGCAGGUUACAAUGUGACCGUGCUGGUACGAGAUCCUGCUCGGCUGCCUGCAGACCAUAAGGCCUCUAGAGUGGUGGUGGGGGAUGUCCUGAAUAAAGAGGACGUGAAGAAGGCAAUGGAGGGCCAGGAUGCUGUCAUCAUCAUACUGGGGACCCGUAAUGAUCUCAGCCCAACAACAAUGAUGUCUGAGGGGACACGGAACAUUCUAGAGGCUAUGAAAGCCCGUGGAAUUCGUAAAGUUGUUGGCUGCAUGUCAGCUUUCCUCCUGUGGGAUCGGUCUAAGGUGCCUCCACGGCUGGUACCUGUCACUGAAGACCAUGAUAGGAUGUACACACUGCUGAAGGAGUCAGGACUAGACUAUGUGGCUGUCAUGCCUCCACAUAUUGCUGAUAACCACCCUCUGACCGAGAAGUAUAUAGUGACUGAGAACAUGCUGAAAGGCAGAGUCAUCUCCAAAUAUGAUCUUGGCCAUUUCUUUGUCAAGUGCCUUUCCACUUCUGAGUGGGAUGGAAAGACAGUUGGUGUUUGUGGAGAAUACAGUUAACCUAUUCUGGGCAACGUCAUGCAAAAAGCUCUUAUUGGUCAGCAAAAUUUGUAGCUACAGACAAUACAUUCUUAACAUUGAUUACUCUAUACAAUUGGAUAAUGAUAAUGUUAUUAAGUUUUGAACUGAAGUAUCACAAACUUUUAUAAUAAUGUACUGAUGCCAUUAUGUUUAAGUAAUACAGUUUUUUCUUUGUUUGUUUGUUUUAUUCUUUUUUGUUGUUGUUGCUGAUG